AUGGAUCAUAUUGCUUUAAAAGCCACCGACCUGGACGCUUCAUAUGGCAAAUCCCGGCGCCCUAAUGGCCGGAUUUCAUGGUUGGGGAUUGGGAUAGCUUCAUUGCUUGCCCAACUAGAGAUUUCACGGAAUAAUGAAGCCAAAAACCGACAUCUGCACUCUCCGCCCUCCGCCGUUCUCAACUCUCAGAUCUCAGCUUCCGCCACCACUGCUGCUACACCCUUCCACCGCGUGAAGCACCGUGACCUUGACGCUGUGCUCCUCCUCCUCUUUCUUUAUGAAACACGCCAACGUAACCCAGAAGUCCAAGAUAGGCCUCAUGCUGAAUGGCGCGAAGUCUUAAGUAACAUCUUCUCUGACGCCACGUUAAAGAUCACCAGUAUUACUGGCAUCUUCGAUGGUGCUGCUUUGAUUCCAUAUUUUGAAAUGGUGGCGAGGUGUCGAGGUUUUUUGGAAUGAUGAGGUGGGAAGGAAAGGAAGGAGGUGGCGGCAUCAACGGCAGCGGUGCUGGCGUUACUACCAGUGGAGGUGAGAGGGGUUGGCGUCGAGUGUGUGAUAUGCAAGGAGGAGAUGAAAGAAGGAAGAGACGUGUGUAAAUUGCCAUGCAAGCACUUGUUUCAUUUGACCUGCAUAUUGCCUUGGCUGAAGAAGAGGAAUACAUGCCCCUGCUGCAUGUUUCAGCUUCCCUGAGAUGAUAUAUUCGGUGAGAUCCAACGGCUGUGGAGAGUCCUGAUCAAGGCGAGUGGCAAAAGUUCUUAUUUUUAUGCAUGCUCAAUAGGAACAAGCUAGGCUCUAGCAGCCUACUUCAGUUGGUCCUCUUUUUUAUUCGAAGCCCAUAAACUUCUCGGGCAUCCAAUUCUUCUGAUAUUUCCAAGGUAAGAUGAUAUAAAAAUCAAUUGGAUUGGAUUUGGGGGUGCAAUCUCUGAUUCACUCUGUCAUUUUUAUUAUAUAUUUGAA